AAAUGUGCAUGAUAUAAAUAAAGUUUAGAACAUUUUUUAUUUUAGACAAAAUGAGAACUUCCCUGGUCAGAUUUGGUCUCGGCUUCGGCCACCUUGGAGUUAAGGUGAGAGGUACAACGAAGUACCAUCUUUCUCCCAUGGAACAGAGAGCUUUUGCCGGAGCUAUUUCUAGUGGAGUUCCUAAUACACUCUGGAGAAUUAGGCGAUCUAUUCUGACCGUGGUUCCUCCUUUUAUAAUCGCCUACCUUAUCUACGAUGCAUCAGAGAAGGAGCAUGAUCGCCUUCAGAGAAAGCAGCCCGGUCAGUUUGAUCACGAGGUUUAAGGAAACCAGAGUUCAGUUUUCCCGCAUUUUCUCAAGAGAAUGUUUGCGAAGUUUUUAUGUCACCCUGCAGAUAUUGUAAGCCAUCAAUAAUUCACAACAUUUUUAUUUCAACUUUGAAGUAAAAACAACUGCUAGCCAUUGGUACUUUUGUGAAUCAAUGAUGGCCCUUUGUAAAUGCAGGGAAGUUUAGAAUUGCGUUAAAUGUUCUUUUCUUAGUUCGGGAAUUCAUAUUUUUUAUCUCAAUUAGUCGAAUAUAGCUCUUUUUGUAAAAUUAUAAAAAAUGGAUUUAUUAAAACUGUCGAAUUAUUGUCACUAAUGAAACAUAUGUCAUGUUUUCAGA